CGCAGGACGGACAGAGCGGCGCGCGCGCGCGCAGAGAUCCUCGCGCCGCUUGUUAUUAACGUUAAUAACGUUAUCUCUCGCGUCACUCAUGUCUCAACAAGGACCGCCACUGCAGAGGAGCCGAAGACUGCGGUUCAGGUGCACCGCUGUGAUUGAAUUACACUGAAGUUCGUGGCGCUGCGGUGUUGGAGAACCAACCGUGGCCCAAAUCGGCCGUGUUUGUCAUCUGAACGAAGGCUGCCAUUGUCUCUUCUCUGACGGGACUCUUCCAGGAACGACCUGCCGCCGACCGGUCGCUAACUCCCAAGGUGGAUAUGACGUCAUCGAUUCAACAAAGUUAAAAUGAGAGAAAUGGAAUAUCAAUUUCUAUGUAGUUUCGUGAGAUCUUCAGGAUCACAAUGGAAACUAGAGCUUUCGUCCUGUUCCUGAUGCCUGCUGUGAGAACUUAGUAACGCCUGAAACAUCGAGCGAUUUAGUUAAAGGAUUUUUUUUUCCAAAUUUGUGACGUACUGCUAAAAGUGAUGGGGACGGAAGAAAAGCAGGCGGAAUCCCAUAAACACGAACCCGGCACAAAAGCCGAUUCGGAGGAAGACAUGCCGUCGUGCCACACCUGCGGUGUGUGCGGUCGCAGCUUUCCUCUGCUCAGCUCCCUGUCGCAGCACAUGAGAAGACACACCCGGGAAAAGCCGUACAAGUGUCCCUACUGUGAGCACAGGACGGCGCAAAAGGGCAGCUUGAAAGCUCACAUUAGGAGCCAUAAACUGGGGCUGUUGAACCGUAACGUCAGUGAGAAGGAGCUGGAGGCAGAGCAAGGACAGAGACGGCACGCCGACAUUGCAGAUGCGGCUGAAUUCAUCAGCACACCUGACAAAGCCCAUAAUGUCAACGGGAAGGUGAAGAAGAAACUAACCAAAAAAGACAAGAGGAAAGAUGGCGCUGAGCCCGGCCCUUUUACCUGCACCAUCUGUGAGCAGGUUUUCCCCCAGUUAUUGCUCCUCAAGUCCCACAUUAAAAGGCACCAUGGUUCCCAGGAUCACGGGUGCCGCAUCUGUGGGCGCCGCUUUCGCCAAGCGUGGUUUCUACAAAGCCACAUGCGCAUUCACCGGGCUAAAGCCCAGCUGCAAGGUAACAAAGUCAACGAGCCGCCUGCUACCAUUAACGGGGUUCUCCAGGACCCAGCAUCCCUCACAAACAAACAGUGCCACUAUGAGCUCUGCGCAGGCUGCGGGAAUUUCUUCCAGGACCAAAAGACCUUGCGGAUUCACGAAAAGCUACAUAAACUCAACCAGGGCUUUUCCCAGAAUUCAACACAUGAAGCUUCUGCUGACAUUUCAGACAAAAAUGCUGAUAAGACACUUUUUUUGGAAAGCCUGCACCUCAAAUGUGCUGAGCACAAGGGCAGAACGGAGGAGAAAAGCGUCGCCAAGAGAAUUCCUGAACUGGACCCAGUUUGCAGUUACCAAGCAUGGCAGUUAGCCACCAGGGGGCGACUGGUGGAGGCCUCGGAGAAAUGCUUCGGCUGGGAGGAGAGACUGGCGGAUGCAGAGGUAGCUUAUGACACAGAGAAGGGAGAAUAUGUUCCCCUGAAACAGGAGAAGAAGAGGAAACAGAACGACGCCUCCAACUCCAGUGUGAAGAAGAGGAAGUGUGACUCAGGCCUGGAGCCAAAUAUAGGCAACAGUAAAAGUGGAGACAAGAAGGUUUGCCAGAAGGAGCGGAUUGUCUUAAAUGGGCUUGGUCAUGCGUUUUAUGAAGCUCUACAAACGAAGAAGAUUAAAGAGGUUCAUGUUUCAUUCAAGGUCACUGGUGAAGACAAAGAAGGUCAAAAGUCCUACUCUUGUGAGCACUGUGAUUUCCACACCGCUGAAGCUUCCCUACUCAGGUCUCAUCAGCACACUCAGCAUUUGGGUUUCUCCAGCAAACAGAGCCCCGUUUUGAACAACGUGAGCAGAAGUAGCUCCAAAUCCUCCAAAUACAUGGAUUACCUCAGGAGCAGGAGCGUGUUGCUCAGUCAGCCAUAUUGGAAUAUUUGCACGUAUCUUCCUGAUCAGGACACAAUAAAGGCAAACGUCAAGGUAACGGGCGAUGGAGACGUUGCUGCUGAUGGUGUCAGUCUUCUGAAUCUCUCUUUAUCAGUGAGCGGGGACAAGUGUAGCAUGAACUGUCCAGUAAAAGCUGAGGACCUUGUGAGGCAUCAGUGCCCAUACUGUUCCCACAACACUAACUAUCCAGAAGUUCUGUGGAUCCAUCAGCGCGUUUCCCACAAAGUGGACAGCAAAAGCUCGGCAGCACCAAAGUGGGCCCCAUGCAUGAACAGCAUCAAGAGCUCAAAAGCUGGAGCGUGUCAGUGGAGACGUACAGGACCGCCGCCUUUCCUCGAAGGCAAAGAUUGCCCAUCUUUACCCGGGCCACGAACACAACGCACCUUACCCCCAGGAGUCACAAGCCAAGGCAGCAGCAAGCACUUAACGACAAAGUCCAAGCCCCAUUUGAAAGAUUCCUGCCCUCUUGAUGGGAUUCAGCCCUGUGGGAAGGUGUGCCUUCAACCUCAAAGGAAGUCCGGUGAACAAAAGCGAGCAACAGAGGGUAGAGGCAAAGGCUCCAGUCCGCAGGAUACGUUGUCAGACAGCUCUAGUCGAGCCAAAAGUGUCCCUAAUUUACAGCCUACCAGCAGCUUGAAACACAGAGGAAACAUGGCUCCAGAGGAAGGGAUCUUCCCACAGGAGGGGUUAGGGUUUAUGUUGGCAAAAAACCACAGCGGGACUUCUUCAAACACAGACAGACACUACACUCGCAGAAAGUCGUGUGAAUUUUCGUCAGGUCUAAAGGCUCCAGAUCUUUGGUCGACCAUGAACAUGUGGAGGCUGUCAGGAGGCAAGACAUAUUUAGACCCACUUCUGUUUGCUCAGGGAAAUAGUGAAUCAACAGGAGAAAGGCCAGCAGACAUGGACAUUUUCAGCCUCCUGAAGAGCUACAGUCCCCAUGAUCUGGCAGCUCUUUAUCAACACUGGGGCUUCAUAGAUCCACGACUUGAUCCACAAGCAAUGAUGCAGCUGAAUGGAAGUUUUGGGAAUGAAGUCCAGUCUGCCUCCGAAGGUUCUAAACAAAUGAACAGCCACUCCUCCUCUUCAUCCUCAGGGUCUCACCAUAAAGGCACGUGAAGCAUCCCUCUUCACCCGCUGGCACUUGCUCGGACAAUCCUGACGGCUAAAAACAAAGAGGUGUGGAAGUCUUGGUCCUGAGGACAGAAGCACUGAACAAUUGCACAACAUUUGCAAAGAAAUGUGAAGAGCCUUUUUUAAUUUGUUACAUUUGGAAUGCAUUCUUUUUGUUUGAUGAAGGCAGAUGUUUGCUAGCAAACUCCCAGAGAGGUUUCAGGACGUUUGAUGGAAAAAAGGCCGAAUUUUGGUUUGAGAGAACCCCAGCUCAGGCAGACAUGAAAUGUGAAGGAGUGUUAAGGCGGAUUUCCUUAGCUGAAACUACAGAAUAUAAAUGUUUGUUAGCAGCUUAUAUAUCAGUUAGCUCAUUUUAUUCUAGUAAACACUUAUUUUCUUUGUUGUUAUUGUACGUUUUCAUCGUCGUUUAGCACAUUUAAAAUUACAGAUGGAGUUUUUUUAACUCUCUUACAGAAGGUUGAGUUCCGUCGAGUUCAUGCAGAUUCAGCGAGGUUAAGUCCUUUGUGCCGUCCCGUCUUUUAUCGUUUUUUAUCUGAAGCACUAGGAAUGGAACAAAACAGUCCAUUUCUGUCCAAUUUGAUGUUGUUUGGCAUAUUGCAUCCACUGUAAGUCGCAUGGCUUGUGCUGUUAGUGGAAUAUCCUUACAUUUUCCAUGGUUUUGAACUGCUACGUUGAAGCUGUGACUCUGAGAGGGGCCUCGGCGCAAUCCUGAAGGAUGUCUUGCAUGGUUUUCUUGCGGCUGUGUUGUGCCGUGCCAAGAACCAAAGCUCCUGGCUGAGAUGCCUUAACCAGUGCUGCUGAAGGGAACCCUGACGGAGUUGCUGCUGCUGCCGGCGCCGCUACCGCUGCUGCUGCUGCUGCCGCCAUCUCAUUUGUGAAGGGACUUUGGAUUUUAACACCCAGACUAUUAACCUAACUCAGACUGAUGUCAUUUCCUGUGUCUUCCCGUGUCAGGAGAAAUGAAUUUUUUGGAAAAGUGACUCCCACUGUAGAAAAUGUUCUUUUU